AUGGCGAAAAUAUCAUUUAAGAAGCUCCGGGGAAGCCAGUACCUGCGGCUCCGGCUGCUCUUGUCGACGCUAUCGUCAACUCCUAUCCUUAUUGAAGACAUUCGUGCCGACUCCAUGAUGCCUGGCCUCCGACCUCACGAGAUUUCCUUCCUACGCCUCCUUGAGAAAGUAUGCGACGGUUGCAAGGUGGAAAUCAAUGAAACUGGUACCAAGUUGAAGUACAAGCCUGGGAUUAUUAUGGGCGGGAAGCAUUUGAGUCACGACUGCGGGCUGAGUCGGUCCAUUGGAUAUUUCUUGGAGCCGUUGAUUGUGCUUGCUUUGUUCGGGAAGAAACCCCUCACCAUAAGCCUCAGAGGGAUCACGAAUGAUUCUAAAGACCCAUCUGUGGACACAUUCAAAUCGACCACUUUGCCUAUUUUGAAACAUUUUGGUGUUAACUCUGAUGGAUUGGACCUAAAAAUUCAGAGCCGGGCUGUUGCUCCUGGUGGUGGAGGAGAAGUUAUUUUGUCUGUGCCCAUUCUUCAGGGUGGUUUAACAGCAGUCUCCUGGAUUGAUGAAGGAUUGGUGAAGAGGAUUAGAGGAGUUACCUUUUCUACCAGAGUCUCUGUUCAAUUUGAGAACACAAUGAUACAUGCAGCUCGUGGGAUUAUGAAUCCCAUGCUUGCCGACAUUCAUAUAUUCACUGAUCAUAAAGCUGGUCCGCUGGCCGGAAAGUCACCUGGAUAUGGGAUUUCUCUUGUUGCAGAAACAACUUCUGGCUGUUUUAUUUCAGCUGAUACUGCAGUUUGCUAUGCUCGAGUAGAGGAUGAGAGUGGGGUGGAAGAUGAUGAAAAGAAAUAUCUGAUCCCUGCAGAAGAAGUCGGCGAGCAAAUCGCUGGUGAUCUCUUUGCGGAGAUUGAACAAGGAGGGGUAGUGGAUUCAACUCACCAGGGGCUGCUUUUUCUUCUCUGUGCAUUGUGCCCCCAAGAUGUUUCAAAGGUCCGAGUAGGAAAGCUCUCACCUUAUGGAAUUGAAACACUCCGGCAUAUCCGAGACUUUUUGGAUGUAAAAUUUGUAAUCAAGCCAGAUCCUGAUACAGAAACUGUCAUCCUUAAAUGUGUGGGCUGUGGAUUAAAGAACUUAUCCAGAAAAGUCUCAUAA